AUGGUAGGGCAGGGCGGGGCACAAAUGUUCAUUCUACUUUCAAUAGUUAUACUGUCUAAACCAAAUGUACUUAAUGCACUUAAAGAUGGUGUGUUAACUAUUAACUUUGGUGAACCAUAUGGAAGCUAUGUAAUUAAUCGUCAAUCACCAAAUCAACAAAUUUGGCUGAGUUCCCCUACUUCUGGGCCAAAACGUUAUGAUUUUAUAGCAGAUGGUUCUGGUUAUUGGCUAUACAAACAUGAUGGAAUGUCAAUGCAUGAAUUAUUACAAAAAGAAAUUGAACUUAUAGUAAAAUCUAAAGUGGACUUUAUGAAUUUAGCUCAUGGAAGCAGAUAGACUGAUCUAAAUAGGGAAACAUAUAAAUAAUCAUUUAGAAUAUUAGGUCUUUCAAAUUUUACAAUAUCAUUUUAAUAAAAUAUCAUCAUGGAGGUAAUGGAAGAAGGCAACCUCAUGGACAGAGUUCCAAUCUUAUUGCAGAGA